UAGUUUGAUUAUCUGUGCGUUUCCUCUUUCCGGCGAUCUUAGCUUUUUGCGACGGUUUUUAAAAGGUUUCCAACAGUUUGAUCUGCAAACAAGAACGAAAAUAUGGGUGAAAGAAAGGUUAUCAAUAAGUAUUAUCCUCCGGAUUUUGAUCCAUCCAAGAUUCCAAGAAACCGGAAACCUAAACAUCAACAAAUCAACAUCCGCAUGAUGCUUCCAAUGACCAUUCGUUGUGUCACAUGUUACAAUUAUAUCUACAAGGGUACGAAAUUUAAUUCACGUAAGGAAGAUGUAAUUGGUGAGACGUACUUAGGGAUUCCCAUAGUCAGAUUUUACUUAAAGUGCACUAAGUGUGCGGCCGAGAUAAUAAUCAAGACGGACCCACGAAACGAUGGUUAUGUUAUCGAGGCGGGAGCCACAGCCGCGAGGAAUAUUGAGCCUCGGCAGGCUGAAGAAAUACAUGAUCCAAUGGAAGGUUUGGAGAGGCGGGCUGCUGAUGCGAAUAGAGAGAGACAUAUCCUUCAUACACUUGAUGAAUUGAGGUCUAUGAAGGCGAGGCGUGCAGAUGUAAGUGUGGAUGCAAUGCUUGAAGCGUUUAGGGGAUCAGCGGCGGUAAAGCAGGAAGAUACGCUUGAAGGAGAGGAUGAAGAUGUUAUAAAAUCUAUUUUUCGAGGUUCGAAUGAAUUUGUACGAAGAAUUGAUGAUGACGAGCUCGAUGACUAUAUAACGAAGAAGAGGAAGGUUUCUAGAGAAUUUUGUGAUAAGCCAAGGGAUUGCUUGAUGACGAUUGUUGGCAAAGCGAAAAAAAGAGAAGAGGCGGGUGGGCGAAUUGUUCUCAAGUCUUCAACAGUAAAGUUUUCUGUUGUGAAGAAAUCGUGAAGAAAUCACCAGAAGCCUAAUCAAAUCAUAUCUAAUUUCCUUUACUUUUCUGGUUUUAUUUGUUUAGACUUUAGAUCAAUAGUCUUGUGGGAACUUAAGUGAUUGGUUUUGUUAUUCUAUGCAGAUUAAUAAUUA